AUGCAUAGUGAAGGAUUUCCGGACAACAAUCUCCUUGGUGAUAGUGCUGUACCUUCUUACGUAUAUUCAAAGUUCUCACUUCCAAGAGGCAAGAUGUUACAAAGAAACUCGGCAAUCUUUCAAGAAGGUCAACCACAAUCUCAGUUUGUCUUUGAGCAGCAACCACCUGCUUUCUUGAGCAAUACCCAAACUAUUGAAGGCGGACCUCCGCCAUCACCUCCUUCUCGGCCAUCGACUUCUCGCAGGCCAGAUGUACGUCCUACGUUAGAACAAGGCUCCCCAGAACCUACAAAAUUGGCUGAAAGGGGACGAAGCUUAACAGAUCCUAGUCAUCAUCCAUCACCAUUUGAUGCGCCACCUGUUUUGCAUAAAGAUGGAGCACAAAAGGAUAAUCGUGCACCAUCAGUCGCCUCUACUAAUAACACUACGAUUAAAGCUCGAUCGCAACAUUCGCUAGCUCCAUCGGCAGAAAUGUCUGGAGAGGAGCAUGUUACGAAAGCUAUAGAAUUUCAUGAAGCGGGAUCCUUGACUAAAUCCACAUAUCAUUUACGUCUAGCGGCUAGACAGAAUCAUCCUACAGGCAUGCUUCUGUAUGCGCUUGCAUGUAGACAUGGUUGGGGUAUGCGACCUAAUCAGAGAGAAGGUGUAGCUUGGUUGAGAAAAGCUGUAGAUUCAGCUAGCCUUGAGGUCGCGGAUGAUGAGGAUACAGCAAAGGAUGGAAAAUCCGUUGAUGUUCUGGAGAGAAAGACUAGAAAAGCUCAAUUUGCGCUUAGUAUUUAUGAAUUGGGCGUAAGCCAUAUGAAUGGUUGGGGUAUUGAACAGGAUAAGGUUCUAGCCUUGAGAUGUUUUGAGAUUGCUGGAACUUGGGGUGAUGGUGAUGCUUUAGCCGAAGCAGGAUUUUGUUAUGCGCAAGGAGUGGGGUGUAAGAAGGAUUUGAAGAAGAGUGCCAAGUUUUAUCGAGCGGCGGAGAGUAAAGGGAUUAGAUCUACAAAUCCAAAUAUAAUCAUGAUGGGAAAGAUGAUGUGGGUGGUUCGCCGAUCUCUAAGAAGGGAGGGAAGGAUGGUCCCACCGCCCACAUCGUUUCGGAAGGACUAA